CUAAAGUUUUCAUACAUCAUACUUUAGAAACAUUAUUACAAGUUCAACAUCGGGCAUCAUGGUGAUAAUAUUGACAAAUAUUCUCUUCCGUUUCUAAUUUCUAGACGGUGAUCCACCAUGGUGCAAAGAGGAUCGUUGCGAUGGGGGUGUACCAAGGAGGGUGCUUGCCCGGGUUCAAUAAGACGAUUUUGGAACACGAUCAAAGGCCGAUUGUGUGCGACAAGGAACGAAAUUCGUACCAUGACCUACACAACAAGCAAGUGCAACAGCUGGUUCUUGAUCUUGGGUUGAAGCACACAAGCUACGCAAGAUAUUGUGGAACCGCGAAGCACGUAACUUGUCGUAAACUAGAUACCCCAUUCUGCAAGGACCCUUACCAUUACAUAUGGUGGGACGACUUGCAUUUCACAGAUCACGCCUACAAGCUCAUUGCGAGCAAGGUGUUCCCAUGCAUGUAUGUGGACUUGAAAUGUUGGUCUCAUAACUGUACAAGCUCCCGAUCCGAUAGAGAUCGUCUUGUUGGUGGCAUUCCCAACACCUUGAGUGGUCAUUUGUUGUAAUGAUUGUAUGUUUUUUGUCAUAUUAUAAUUUACAUCGUUUGAUUUCUGUGAUAGUUAUUGUGUUAUAUAAAUAAGUUAUAUUACUUUUUGAGUGAAAUAUCACUUUUAUCUUUUGUUUUUAUUGCAAAUGCUUCAUUAUGUAGUCGUAUCAUUGUUAUAUAACAAACUAUUAGAAAAAGAAAGUAAUAUAAUGAAAAUCAUUGUAGGCCAGUAUCAAUAGUAUUUUUUUCGUAAAGCAUAUAAAAAUUAACAUAAAUUUCUAGAUCACAAAUUAUUUGAUUUUUUUGUCUGAAAUUUAUGUUGUAAUCAAAGUUGAAAUGAAAU